AUGGUCACGGAGACCGCCAUCAUGCCAGCAGCUCGCGAGCCGCUGUGUCUUCAAUUGCUGCGAGAUGCGGACCGCCCACCGCUGGAGCGGUUGGAUGCGGAGAUGGAGCAGACUUCAGAGUGGGCGCAGCUGCGGGAGAUUCUGCGGCAGCGGAGCCCGUGGGUGCGAGACACCAUCUGUGGCCUUCUUAAUAACGAGAUGUCGCGCUCUUUCCAAAACAUAGUUGGGCAGCUGCAAGCCUUCCGAGACGUGAUGUCGGAGAUGCAGGAAACUAUGGACUCUGAGGAUGCCGGAGCCCUCAAGCACUUACUCAAAGACAUGCAGCCCUCGAACAUGGCAGCCCUGCAGAGAGAAGCCGAUGGCAUCGACAAGGACGUCAACGCUGUCAGGUCUCAUCUGGAAAGAGGCGACUUCCCUGGCCUCCAAAGCUUAGCAGAGCGCAUUGCGAACAAGGCCAAGCGGUUCAGAGACAAGUAUGCAGAGCUGCGCCCCAAGUUGGACCGGCUGCAGACGAAGAUCCGAGAGAUUGCUGACAGGUGUGCAGAAGCAGCACUUGGAGCCGACGGCUUGAUCCAAGAAACCGAGAAGAGGCGUGACUCCUGGUUCUCCCUGCUAAGCCGGAUCAACUGCGUACUUGCUGCAGGUGGUCUGAUUGUCUUGGCUGGAGCUGGGGGUACGGCUUUGGUCGCCGGAAGCAUGCUAGCAGCGAAGACAUCAGCACUAGGAACUGCAACCAGCACCCUUGCAGCAGCCAAGACAACUGCACUUGCCAAAGGAGCACUUGCGUCGGAGAAGCUGGCAGCUGCGGGAGUCGCCAAAGCGAGCGCUGCAACCCUGGCGGCGGAAGCACAGCAAGCUGCGGCAGCCGCAGCUACCGCAGCUGACGUUGCGGCCAAGGCAACGGCAGCCGCAGAUGCCGCAGCUGCGGUUGCUGCUACGAGUGCGGCUACGGGUGCGGCUACGGGUGCGGCUGCAGGUGCGGCCACGGGUGCGGCUGGUGUAGGCCUGGCUUCUGCUGCCGGUGCUGGUGCUGCGGCUGCAGCAGCAAGCGCCGCAACACCUGCUGCCACUUUCCUGGGCUCCGAGGUUCUUGGCAGCCUGGCUGUUUCGGCCGGGUUGAUGGCAUCGCCCGCAGCCCCAGUAGGAGUGGUACUCGGCGCAGGAGCUGCGGCAGCUGCUGGCGUUGGGGCGCUAUGGUCAUGGGCUACACUGCACUCUGCAUCCACUGCAAGCGCUGCAGCAUCUGCAGCAAGCACAGCGCAAUCAGCAGCAUAUGCAGCAAGCACAGCGACAUAUGCAGCAAGCACAGGGCAAGCAGCCGCACAGGCAGCAAGUGCAGCGACUGCGGCCACCGCUGCUGCAAAUGCUGCGGCCGCUGCCGCGACAGCUGCAACCACAGCGGCUUCAACAGCCACAACUGCCUCCACAGCCGCCGCAGCUCAGGUUGCAAGCGCUACACAUGCAGUGACUUCUUUGCAAGUUACGGUAGCUUCACUGUCCUCCGUUGUUGGGGCGGCAUCGCCGUUUAUCUUCGGCUCUGCUGGCAUCUUAGCAUUGGCUUUGCUUGGAUACGUUGGCCGUGACCUCGUGAAGAAACUGUUGAAAAGGCUGUGGGCCGCAGAGAUCAAACAGCAUAAGAAGUCGAAGUCAGAGUUCAGACGAAUGGAGCAGAUGCUGCGUGAGACUGCGGGGAAACUGGUUACCGUCUGCGAGAAGAACGAAGCCCUGGAAUCUUGUUUGGACAUGGUCGUGCAGGUCGCAGAGGAGCUCGCCGGCACGGCAGAGGAUGCGAAACAAGUUGACGACCCGGAGGAGUUGAAUGCUGAGACGCUUAAGAUGCAUGAGCAGGUCGCAAGGCUUUGUGCAACUUAUGCAGAACUUCCUCGGGCAUUCGAGCAGCUUCACGUGGCUGUUCUCGACCUGGCCCCCUCUGUUCCAGGAGCUCUUGCGAUCCACGUCCGGCCAACUACUCUUGCGAUCCAGAAUGAUGUCGUCCAACCAAUUGCUCUUGCGGCGGAGCAUGAUCUCCAGCCGACUUCUCUUGCGAUGCAGAACGGUGUCGCCCACAUCCCAGAAGUUGACCAGCGGGCAUUGCCCCAUUCGGAUGGGGAUUGGAUCCUCAUCGAAUCUCCACCUUUGGUCCGGGCAGCGUCACCCUCUACUCAUGUUGAGUUUCAACCCAAUGGUGAUUGUUUGCCGCUCAACACAUACCUGCUGGUGCCAGUCGAACGAGCCGCGAGUCUUGGAGUCUUGCUCGCGGCAGGACCUUGUGGAAAUUGCACAUGUCAGGUGAUCUCUCAAGGGCAAGCUGUGCGGCUUAUGUCACACUUUUCUGCUGGUGGCGAGCACCGCCUGACGGCCGGGCAUCCUUUGCGGGUGCAGAGGUCGGGCUCUUGGAUCCAUGAGCGUGCAUCUCUCCUGCAGCAGGGUGAUGUCGUGUUCACCACCUCUGGCGGCCAGGUGAUCGAGUCCGUCACCAGCCAGAUAAGCACUGAGGAGGUCUUCUCGCUGAACAUUCAACAAAAUCAGGAGGUGUUUGUGUUCACCAUCGAUCCUGGAAAUGAUGGCCGAAUCAGUCUGAACAGCGUGGCCGUCCUCAGCAGCGCUGCGCAGGAGCCAAACCGCAGAAGCUCCUCCGCCCCACCCCAGUUGAGGAAUAACUUGCCUUCCCGUGGCUCCUGGUUCUGCAAGGGCACCGCUCGCUGCAGCAACAUCUGCAGAAGCUUUUUGAGGGGGAGGUGCUCCGAGGGCCGGGAAUGCAAGUACUGCCACCUGCCCCAUAGCGAGGAGUCCAAGCGGGCACCAAGGGGCCAACAGUCUGAGGCGCGCAGCAGUCGCAGCGCUUGA